GUGGCUCCUCGCUUCCUGGUUGAAGAUGGCGGAUGAGAAUGAGACAGCACCGAUGCCGGAGAAAGAAGAUGUAGAGGACCACGGACACUGCAGCGACUGUGAAAAUGAAGAGCACCACUCUGACGACGGUGACAGGGGUCUUGGGGACGACACCGGCGCCAAGAAGAAGAAAAAGAAGCAGAAAAAGAAGAAGAAAUCUGGUGCCACAGAAGCAGCUCAGGACCCCCUUGCCAAGGUGAAUUCGUUGCCAGCUGAUAAGCUACAGGAGAUCCAAAAGGCCAUUGAACUGUUCUCUGUCGGCCAAGGCCCUGCCAAAACCAUGGAGGAGGCUACUAGGAGGAGUUAUCAGUUCUGGGACACGCAGCCUGUGCCCAAGCUAGGCGAGACUGUGACAUCACAUGGCUCCAUUGAACCUGACAAAGACAACAUUCGCGAGGAGCCCUACAGCCUCCCGCAGGGCUUCAGCUGGGACACCCUCGACUUGGGGAACCCUGCCGUGCUCAAGGAGCUUUACACCCUUCUCAACGAGAAUUAUGUUGAAGACGAUGACAACAUGUUCCGGUUUGACUACUCCCCCGAGUUCCUGCUCUGGGCCCUGCGGCCCCCUGGCUGGUUGCCCCAGUGGCAUUGUGGAGUGAGGGUUAACUCCAACCAGAAGCUGGUGGGCUUCAUCAGUGCCAUUCCUGCUACCAUCUGUAUCUACGACAUAGAAAAGAAAAUGGUUGAGAUAAAUUUCCUCUGCGUCCACAAGAAGCUUCGCUCCAAACGAGUUGCUCCUGUUCUGAUCAGAGAAAUCACCAGACGGGUCAACCUGCAGGGAAUCUUUCAGGCCGUCUACACUGCCGGAGUUGUGUUGCCCAAACCAGUGGGCACAUGCAGGUACUGGCAUCGCUCAUUGAACCCACGCAAACUAAUCGAGGUCAAGUUCUCCCACCUGAGCAGGAACAUGACGAUGCAGCGCACCAUGAAGCUGUACCGGCUGCCUGAGGCUCCUAAGACUUCAGGCCUGCGGCCGAUGACUAAAGAGGAUGUACCGGUGGUGCACCGCCUCCUCCGUGAGUACCUGAGCCAGUUCAACCUGGUGCCCGCCAUGAACCAGGAGGAGGUAGAACACUGGCUGCUGCCCCGGGAAAAUAUUAUCGACACUUACCUGGUGGAGAACGAUGGAAAGGUAACGGAUUUCCUGAGUUUUUACACACUGCCCUCUACCAUUAUGAACCACCCUGUGCACCGCAGUCUUAAAGCAGCGUACUCCUUCUACAACGUGCACACCACCACGCCCCUGCUCGACCUGAUGUCUGACGCCCUCAUCCUGGCCAAAUCGAAAGGGUUUGAUGUCUUUAAUGCACUGGAUCUAAUGGAAAACAAGACUUUCUUGGAGAAGCUUAAGUUCGGCAUCGGGGAUGGAAAUCUACAGUAUUAUCUGUACAAUUGGAAGUGUCCCAGCAUGGGCUCGGAAAAGGUUGGGUUGGUAUUGCAGUGACAUCCCUUUACGCCAUAAACUAGUGUCACCGACAGGCCAGGAGACGGCACCAUCGCACUGACCACCUGCCAGAUGGACUGAUGACUCCCUGCUUCAGGAAAGGAAAAACCCACCGCCCAUUUUUACUUUUUGACCUUUUGAACUCUGACCUGCACUACCGCUGCCAGGCAGGGAGGCGGGGAGAGUCUGCUCUUCCUCCUCCCUCGAUCACAUGGACCUUAAAGCCAUUGUUAUCAUCCCAGACAACUGUAUUUCAUCUGAGAGCUGUCUUGAUUGUACCAUACACACAAGAACAGUGUGCACAGAUUACUGUAUAUCAAACACUCACCGUUGGCAUACCUACAAAACGUUCGAUACAUGUAAAUAAUCUCAAACAUCACUGCGGAUAAUGCCCUAACACAUACAGACUUACGACCCACUGUUUUUGUUUUAUUCCUAAAUGUUGGAAGUGCUUUUUGCAAUUAAAAUAAAUCUGUCAUCCUUAAGUUUUAGAGAUAAAAAAAGAAGAAAAAAAUCAAAAAUGAUCAAAAAAUAUUUUAAAAAGGAAAAGGCUCAAAAAGAUGAGGUAAUAAAUACCAAAAGUGGACACCAGAAAA